CUAAGCAUCGAUCGCCCUUAGCCAGUCUAGCAACAACACAAUUUGUCAAAAAAUUCAGUGAUCUCACAAAGCACAGUAAGCCAAUUAGUCAGUUUAGAAAAGUCUGUUUGCGACUACUUAUUAUUGAAUCUACUAAGCUACUUGUAGUGAAACGUAUUGUGGUAUUUUAACGAACUACUUGCUCUAUCGUUUACUAUGUCCAUUUUAUCAGAAAAAUCUUAUUUUACCUAUUCUACUAUUCCUCAAGAUGACCGUAAUGUCGAAUCUGGCUACAAAACAGCUUUUGAUUAUAAAUCAAUUUUUUCUUAUGAUAGUCCAUUUAAAGACAAGGAAGUAAAGGCAGAAAAUUCUGCUGGAGAAAAAGUCAUUGAAGAGAUCUCUGUUGAAGGGAUAUCAGGGAAAAUUAUUUCUGUUCUAGCUAUGGCUUUCAGUUAUCUCUUUAUAUUUUUUACUUUACCAAUAAGUGUUUGGUUUUGUUUCAAAAACCUCCCACAAUGGGAGAGAAUUGUUAUUUACCGUUUGGGAAAACUAAUAGGGGUGAAGGGUCCUGGCAAUGUAUUUAUAAUUCCUUGGCUUGAUUGUUCUGCAAAGUUAGAUUUACGCACUCAAGUCAUAUGUCAUCCUCUAAAACAGUUUCUCACAAAAGAUCAAGCUAUUGUUGAAGCUGGAUGUAGUGUUUUCUACAGAAUUUCUGAUCCAGUCCGAUAUAUUAGCAAUGUAAAGGAUCCAGAACUCAAAGGGUUAAAAAUCCUUGUAAAUGCCAUCACAAUUAAACGGCUAGAAGCUUCUGAUGAAAGGGAAUUUCAACCUACAAGGAAAACAAUUAUAGAAGAAAGAAUAUUAAAAGAACUGAAUUCUAUCACUAGCCCUUGGGGAAUUGAAAUUAGCUCAGCACACAUUGAGAACUUCAAGACCCUUAAAGAAGCUCAGCCUGUUAAUGCUUUCAUGAAUGUUAUGCAACAGAUGGGAAUAAAUUUUGGUUCUGGGGAUGGUGGUGUUGCCGGCUCGUCUGUCCCUACAUCGGUUUCGUUAGCAGAUGUCGGGAUGGUUAUCCAAGAUGAAUUUCAACCGAAAUCUAAAAAUGUUAUCAAACUUAGAAAGAUUUUGAAUGAAGGAUCUGGAAUUAUUGAUAAUCCCGUCGUUAUCUGUUUUAAAAUUGGCAAUGAAGACGUAAUCUACGCCGAUUUCAGCCAAGGAAAAGGCCAAGUAUAUGAAGGUACAUAUUCAGGAGAAGUCGGCAUUACACUGAGCCUCCCGCAAGCAGUUUUUGAUUCCUUGAUGGAUGGCGCAUCCCAGUCACAGUUUUUACAGGCCUACCUUGAAGGACAAAUCACAAUUGAUGGAGACAUGCAAACUCUCAUGCAAUUGCAAAAGUUAUUGCCAAACAUGCACAACACUUAAGCGUCACUUUCAAUAGUGAAUUGAAACAAUUUUUUU